CGGGACAGCGAGGCCAGCCGAGGCAGGCGCUCUGAGCCCUGCAGAAGCAGAGGACCGCGACGAGCAGUGCUUGGGACCCGCUGUCUCCGACCAGCCUAAGCCAUCCGAUCGCAGUCAACCCCAUGGCGCCGUUCCUGAGACUCUGCACUUGGCUGCUGGCGCUCGGCCCGGGGCUCCUGGCGACCGUGAGGGCGGAAUGCAGCCAGGACUGCGCGACGUGCAGCUACCGCCUGGCGCGCCCGACCGACAUCAACCCGCUGGCUUGCACCCUGGAAUGUGAAGGGAAGCUGCCCUCUCUCAAAACCUGGGAAACCUGCAGGGAGCUCCUGCAGCUGUCCAAGCUGGAGCUUCCCCAGGAUGGCGCCACCGCCCUCAGAGAGAGCAGCAAGCCCGAGGAGAGCCACAUGCUGGCCAAAAAGUACGGGGGCUUCAUGAAAAGGUAUGGCGGCUUCAUGAAGAAGAUGGACGAGCUCUAUCCUCAGGAGCAGGAAGAAGAGGCCAAUGGAGGGGAAAUCCUGGCCAAGAGAUACGGGGGCUUCAUGAAGAAGGACGCGGAGGAGGAGGACGCCCUGGCCAACUCCUCAGACCUGCUCAAAGAGCUGCUGGGAACCGGGGAGAACCGAGAAAGCGGCCCCCACUCAGAGUUUGGUGAGGAUGAAGAAGUGAGCAAGAGAUACGGGGGCUUCAUGAGAGCCUUAAAGAGGAGCCCGCAACUGGAAGAAGAAGCCAAAGAGCUUCAGAAGCGGUACGGGGGCUUCAUGAGGAGAGUUGGUCGCCCGGAGUGGUGGAUGGACUACCAGAAGAGGUACGGGGGCUUCCUCAAGCGCUUUGCCGACUCUCUGCCCUCUGACGAAGAAGGGGAAAGCUACUCCAAAGAAGUUCCUGAGAUGGAGAAAAGAUAUGGAGGAUUUAUGAGAUUUUAACCCCUUGGCAGUCAGCGACGCCAGGCCCCAGCAAGCCUUCCUCUCCCCCUCCCCUCCACCCCCGCCCUGCCCCGGCUCAAUCGUGUCUUAUUAUCCAGCAUUGCUUGCAUUGUAGAGUUGCCUUUAUUGUCUGGAUAACUAACUAUACAACCUGAAGGCGCUCCCUUCAGGUUCUGUGUUCUCUUGACGGUGUUUAUGCUCAGUAUUGGUCUACUGCAGCUGUGUCGUUUUCAUGCUACAAUCGCUAUUGUUCCCUUGUCCUUUAUUUUUGACAAAACCCCAAUAAAUGCUUAACUGUAAAUAGAGACAAUAAACCCAUUACCCCAGC